AUGGCGGCGUCUCCGGGCGAGGGUCCCGGGUCUCCGGCGGGGCUGCGGCGGGUGCGGGAGGCCCUGAGCGCGGCGCUGGGCGAGCUGCGAGGCGGCGAGAGCCGGGAGGGCGCCGGAGGCUUCGAGGCCGGGCGCUUCUGGGAGGCCCUCGAGGAAGCCUUCCAGGCCGCCUCGCAGGAAGCCACCAAGCUGAGCCUGGCCUUCUCGAGACCCCCGCCGCCUUCCCUCCAGGAGCAGGAGAGCCUGGCGGAAGGGGUGCACAGCGCUGUCCUGGCAGCCGCCUCCGUGUAUUACCAGCUCCCCAAGGGCCAAGGGACCACCCUGCGCAGAGCAGUGCGCGAUGCCACGGUGCAGGUGGUGGAGGGGAUGAUUCAGCUGAUCGAGGUCAUCCUUCGGACCCCCCUGCAGAGCCUCUCGCAGGAGCAGCUUGUCUCGACGGGAGGCGUCUGGGAGGCCUGCAGCCGAGUUUUCAGGAUGCCUCGAGAUAACCAGGCGGCUGUGACCCUGGCCAUUACCCAGGCUCUGGGGAUUGUCAGUGACGCACUGGAGGAGAUGAAGCAGGCGCAGACUGAAGGUGGAGACCCGUACAGUGAUGUCCUGGAGGAUGAGGACUUGGGCUCCCGGGCAAACAGGGACACUUACUGGUCAGCGGCUGACCGGCAGCUGCUUGGCCCCUGCCUGGGGCUGGUGAAGGCCGCCAAGAUUUGCCUGAAGAGGGUCCAGGGGGCCGUCAGAGGCCGCGGAAGGACUGACAAGGCUGAGCAGCUGGCGCAGUUGGACGACCUGGCCGACAUUGCAGGAGACGUCAGCCCCAGUGUGGACGAGUUGGUGCUGAGCACCUACCCCCCUGUGAACCAGCUGGCUCUGCGGCUGAAUGCUGCAAAGUUGGCGUCUGUGCUAAAGAAGAUGUUGGAACUGACCAGCGCCAGCUUUGUCUGCCCUCCGUCGGAAGAGAACUGGGUGCAGUUCCUGGCCGGGGCCGUUGACCACAACAUGGACAAAAUCAAAGAGCUCACCCAAGGGCUCCUUUGAUGGGACCCCCUGUGCGAGGGGUGCUGGACCCAUGGGUGCCUUCUGUGGCUGCCUGCAGAAGAGGGAGGAGGCAGGACUCCUGCGGGACCCCAUAGCUGCUGCCCCUGUGCUCUGGGGUGGGCAAUAAAGUCCCCCCUGUGCUUGUGCUGGCCAGGCUCCUGCGCUAGAGAAA